AUGUCUACUGACGGAGACUUUUACGCGGAAGCCAAUGCCGCAGCAUCCAGUAUCGCUCGUCGACUGAAAGACCUCCGGAACUAUCAACUUCCCCGGCUCAAGGAUUGUCGAGAUGCUUCGUUGCAAGGAGAGAUAGCCGCCGAGAUGAGGGACGACCUGGAACUGACGAUGCGUACCAUCGAGAAUUUUACGGAACUGGCGCAUGAUCAAGAUACACCGGCAGACAGAGAAGGAUUCUUGGCUCGAGCUGAAGCCUUCAAACAGGAGACAAACGAUAUCCGGUUACUCUACCGAAAGGCUCUCUUGUUCUCUGCGCAGGAGAUCAAGAAGGACACACGGACGAACCUCCUUCAACCUCGCGCUGUCGAGCCAACAAUAGCGGAAACACCAGCAGCUCGCAGAGACGAUGAUGAUCCUUUGCAAGCCAAGACGAACGAGGUGACGGACGCCCUGAGGAGGACGGUCGGGACCAUGAAAGAAGAGCUGGAGAGGAGUGUCAUGGUCACGCAGAUGUUUGACGAAUCCACCCAGACUCUCCGCUCGACCAGCAGCCUGUACGACCGUUCGGCCAACCUCCUGAAAUCCUCCUCUCACCUCGUCCAGCACCUGGAAAAAGCCGACUGGUACGACCGGAUGAUCAUCUUCCUUGCCCUGGGCUUCUUCUUCCUCGUCAUCGCCUUCAUCCUCAAGCGACGGGUCCUCGACAAGGUUGCCGGCGGGGUAUGGUGGUGGGUCGGAGGGACGUUCAAGAUCUUGACGGGGCGGGGGCGAUCGAAAAGCAAAUUACGGGCAAAGGAUUUGAGCAAGGCGGUCGACCAAGCGGGUCGGGCGGGGAGCACAAUCAAGGGAGCGGUCAAGAGUCUAGCAGAGAGCGUCAAGGAGGGCGAGACAGUCAGGACAAUGACUCUGACCGAGACGAAGGUGUUGACAAGUACGGCUGCCGUUGGGACACGGCAUAUAGAACUUUGA